UCCGGGCACAGACUCAAGCUGCAUUCUUUUUUUUUUUCUUCCCUCUCUCUCUCUCGUGCUUCACGUGGCCGCCUGCACAAAUCCUCUGCUAAACUCCUUAGGCAUUUCUUCCUCUAAUUAGCCUGCCUGAUCUGCUUUCCUCAAACAAUGCAGCCCUUUCUUUCCCGGUGGUGCCUCUCAGCAGGCGCUCCUUGUAUGUCACAGAGACAGUUCUGGAUGGGCUCACCUUUGUGCUUUGGGCUUUAGUCAGGCACUAGGAAUCUGACAGCAAGCAGCAUGGGUGCCAAGAUGGGAAGCAUGGCUUAUCACUUCCUUCUGUUUGCCUGGUAUACAUUUCUAGUGGUGCUAAUGCUGCUAAUCGACACUGAUAAAGUACCCAUGGGGAUUUUCGCGUACGCUGGACUCUGGAAAUAUCUGACUUUCCUCAAUUUGGUUUUACAGAUGCUCUAUUUUGGAAUCUCCCUUGUCCUUGACAUCUACACUUCAUUUUGGAAACAUCCUGAGGCCAGAAUGCUGACUUCAUGUAAAGACAUUCUCUUUUCUGUCCUCGCCUUCCCCGUAGGCUCGUUUGUGGUUACAAUUUUUUGGAUGAUAUUCCUCUAUGACAGAGAACUCGUUUAUACAAAGGAAAUGGACCGAAUCAUUCCAUCAUGGCUGAACCACUCUCUGCAUACGAUUGUGCUGCCAUUCCUGCUAAUAGAAAUCUUUCUGCAACCACAUGUGUAUCCAGAGAGGAAGCAUGGGAUGGCCCUUCUGGGACUGUGCUCUGCAGGCUACCUCAGCUGGGUGGUGUGGAUUUACAUAACGGUUGGAGCCUGGGUGUACCCUCUGCUUGGGAAGCUCAGCCCUUUGGCGUUGGCAGUGUUCUUUGCGGUUAGCACUGGCCUUGCGUUCUCUUUGUAUGUGCUGGGUGAAGUCCUGAAUGCCUACACCUGGGGAGAAACACCAAAGAAGGUAAAGACGAAAUGA